GCGUCGGACGGAAUUUAUAUAAGGAACAAAGAUGGAUGCCUGCUUGGUAUAGCGGAGAACUUUAAAUUGAAUUAUUUUAUAGUGUUCGGUUUAUUUUUCGAAAAUAUAGAGUGUAAUUUGUUGAAAUAAAAGUGUUUUAGACUAUUAUACAUUGUGGUUGUUUUUUAUUGUAUUAAAAUUUGUGUUAUUUCAAACAUAAAUACGUGAUAACAUAACCUAACUUAUUUUGAUGUACGUAUGAAGUGUUUUAUAUGAAUAUUUUAUUGAAACUCUGUUAGAAGUAGUGCAAAUUUCAAGGGGCAUAAAAAAUAGAGCUAAUUUUUUAAUGGUAUUUGCUUCUAAAACAGCAGAAGUUUUAACCUAUCAUCAAAUAGAGAUCCCAUCGAUUGUACCGAAAGAGGGAUGGUUUGAACAAGACGCUUUAAUUAUACUUCAAAUAGUUAAAGAAACGAUAGCAGCAACUUGCGAUAAUUUAGAAAAACUUAAUAUAGAUUACGCAGAUAUUGCAAGUAUUGGAAUAACCAACCAAAGGGAAACAACAGUUUUAUGGGAUCCCAUAACAGGAGUACCACUUUAUAAUGCCAUCGUAUGGAUGGACGUUAGGACUUCGUCUACCGUCGACGAAAUCUUACAAAAUGGUAAACGUAAACAAGAUUUCUUACAAAACACUUGCGGUCUCCCAGUUAGUACUUACUUUAGUGCCCUUAAAAUAAAAUGGCUAAUGGAUAAUGUACCGAAUGUAAAAAAAGCAAUAGAAGAGGAAAGGUGUUUAUUCGGAAAUAUCGACAGUUGGUUAGUUUGGAAUAUGACCGGAGGUCCGGACGGCGGUAUCCAUAUCACAGAUCCGACAAAUGCUUCUAGAACUAUGCUAAUGAAUAUCGAAACUUUACAAUGGGAUAAAAGAUUGUGCGACAUUUUUGGUAUUCCGAUGAAUAUUUUACCAGAAAUACGAAGUUCUUCGGAAAUAUAUGCGGUGAUUGUGAUGGAUUCUCUUCUAGACGGAGUACCAAUAGCUGGUAUUUUAGGUGACCAACAAGCUGCUUUAGUAGGUCAAAUGUGCUUUAAAUCCGGUCAAGCUAAAAGUACUUAUGGUACAGGGUGUUUUAUUUUAUAUAAUACAGGACAUUCGAUUGUUAAAUCGAAAAAUGGACUACUUACGACUGUUGCUUAUCAAUUUGGACCAAAAACAAAACCUGUUUACGCUUUAGAAGGUUCAGUAGCUAUAGCAGGUAUAGCAAUCAAAUGGUUAAGAGAUAAUUUACAGUUGUUUAAAGACGUAUCUGAAACUACUGAAUUAGCUCUUUCAGUCGAUUCCGAUAGUAAAGGUGGCGAAAUUGUUUUCGUUCCUGCUUUUUCCGGUUUGUACGCACCUUAUUGGAGAAAAGAUGCCAGGAGUGUAAUAUGUGGACUUACUGAAGAAACUAAACCGGGGCAUUUGGUAAAAGCUGCUUUGGAAGCUGUGUGUUUUCAAGUUAGAGACGUAUUGGAAGCGAUGUCUUCUGAUUGUAGAUACCCGUUACAAAAACUGUUGGUCGAUGGUGGGAUGACUGUUAAUGAAUAUCUUAUGCAGAUGCAGGCUGAUUAUUGCGGUAUUCCGGUAGUUAGACCCACAAUGGCCGAAACGACGUCAUUAGGAGCCGCAAUAGUUGCCGGUAUAGCUGAAGGUAUUGAAGUAUGGGAAAUAGAUAAAAUCCUACCUGUACCAUGUGAUACUUACAUUCCAAGGAUUUCUGUUGACAUGAGGGAUAUAAAACACGCACAAUGGAAACGCGCCAUCGAAAGAUCUUUAGGUUGGGCCACUACAGAUACAUCAAACGACAGUUACAAAGGGAAGAUAGCUGCCGCUGUACCUGCUGGACUGUUUCUUAUUGGAGUAGCAGUUAUUAUUAUAGUAUCGGAAAUUUUGCAAAAACCUUCUUAAAUUCGAUCAAUCGCAAUUUUUUUAAAUAAUUCGCAUUUAUGAUUAUUUGUUUUGGGUUGUAUUGGUACGGGUUGUUUGGUUUUGUUCAACUGUGAUUUUAAUUUAGUUUCAUUUAAUUAGGUGAUAAAUUAGUUAACUAUGUUACUGUGAUUAUAGAAAUAAUUAAUAAAAUGAACCAAAAAGAAA